AUGAAUGAGCGACACAAGGUGCGUCUUUUGGCGAAGGGACUCUCGAAGAAAUAUGGUAUCGAACAUGAAGAAACGACUACACUGAUGAAAAUAAUAGCAGCAUUUCUUAACGAACAGCUUGUAGUUCACAUGACACAGCCUGACAAAUCCCGCGAUAAUGAACAUCCGAAUUUCGUUUGCAAGCCGAAGAAGUCGCGAUAA